GCCGGGCUGCAAAUCCAUCCCAGCCCAGGCGCAAGGCCUGCUCCGGCUCCAACAUGCCCUUUGACUUCAGGAGAUUUGACAUCUACAGGAAGGUGCCGAAGGACCUCACCCAGCCAACAUACACCGGGGCGAUCAUCUCUGUCUGCUGUUGCCUCUUUAUUCUGUUCCUCUUCCUUUCGGAGCUCACGGGAUUCAUAGCCACAGAAAUAGUGAACGAGCUGUACGUCGAUGACCCGGAUAAGGAUAGCGGAGGCAAAAUAGACGUCAGCCUGAACAUCAGUUUACCUAACCUGCAUUGCGACUUGGUGGGGCUGGACAUCCAGGAUGAGAUGGGAAGACACGAAGUGGGGCACAUUGACAACUCGAUGAAGAUCCCCCUCAACAACGGGGAUGGCUGUCGAUUCGAGGGGCAGUUCAGUAUCAACAAGGUCCCUGGCAACUUUCACGUGUCUACCCACAGUGCCACAGCACAGCCCCAGAACCCAGACAUGACUCACGUGAUCCACAAGCUCUCCUUUGGGGACAAGCUUCAGGUCCCGAACAUUCACGGAGCAUUCAAUGCCCUUGGAGGAGCAGACAAACGCAGCUCUAACCCCCUCGCUUCUUACGACUACAUCUUGAAGAUAGUACCCACCGUGUACGAAGAUAAGAACGGGAAGCAGCGCUACUCUUACCAGUAUACCGUAGCCAACAAGGAGUACGUCGCUUACAGCCACACUGGCCGCAUCAUCCCCGCCAUCUGGUUCCGCUACGACUUAAGCCCCAUCACGGUGAAGUACACGGAGAGGAGGCAGCCUCUGUACCGGUUCAUCACCACGAUCUGUGCUAUCAUAGGGGGAACAUUCACCGUGGCAGGGAUCCUGGACUCCUGCAUCUUCACAGCCUCCGAAGCCUGGAAGAAAAUCCAGCUGGGGAAGAUGCAGUAACGUCGAAGCACCACGCCGUCUCACCUGGGAACACGAAUGAAGGCUCCACGAUCCAUCCCUCCAUCCAUCCCUCCAUCCCUCCUGGUUCUUCUUUCCUUUCUGUUGGUCUGAAUCAGUUCCGUGAUUUGUCAGUUAAAAGGUCAGGAGGUAGGGU